UGGCGACAUAAACUGGGUUCAAACUAUUUCAACAAAUGGCGUACAGUGAUGAUCAAUGACUAACUAAUCCAUGUCGAAAAAAAAAUCAUGUGUUCUAAGCUUGUUGUACACGGUAUCAUCUGCCUGUUUCUUGUCGUCUUGAUUAUGGUGCAGUCGAAACCUUUCAAGGCAGAGGACGGUGGUGGUGACGCGAUGAAGGACGAUGACGGCGAUAGUGUGGGGAGGAGGGAAGAGGACGAUGGUAGUGUGGGGAGGAGGGACGAUGGUGGUGUGGUGAUGAAGGACGAUGACGGCGAUAGUGUGGGGAGGAGGGACAAAGACGGAGGUAGUGUGGCUAUGACGGACGGGGAAACUGUACCAGAACUACAGCCGAGGUGUUGUGAGGAAGAACCCGUAUGGCAAGACGAAAGCAAGACUAGUGACAGUAUUAGCACAAGUUCUAGCACCAGCACUAGCACCAGUUUUAGGACCAGUCCUAGCACCAGCACUAGCACCAGUUUUAGGAUAGGUUCUAGCACCAGCUCCAGUUUUAGGACAGGUUCAAGCACCAGCACCAGUUUUAGGACAGGUUCAAGCACCAGCUCCAGUUUUAGGACCAGUCUUAGCACCAGCACUAGCUCCAGUUUUAGGACAGGUUCAAGCACCAGCUCCAGUUUUAGGACAGGUUCAAGCACCAGCACUAGUUUUAGGACCAGUCCUAGCACCAGCACUAGCUCCAGUUUUAGGACAGGUUCAAGCACCAGCACUAGCCCCAGUUUUAGGACAGGUUCAAGCACCAGCACCAGUUUUAGGACCAGUCCUAGCACCAGCACUAGCUCCAGUUUUAGGACAGGUUCAAGCACCAGCACUAGCCCCAGUUUUAGGACCAGUCCUAGCACCAGCACUAGCUCCAGUUUUAGGACAGGUUCAAGCACCAGCACUAGCCCCAGUUUUAAGACAGGUUCUAGCACCAGCUCCAGUUUUAGGACCAGUCCUAGCACCAGCACUAGCUCCAGUUUUAGGACAGGUUCAAGCACCAGCACCAGUUUUAGGACCAGUCCUAGCACCAGCACUAGCAUCAAUUUUAGGACCAAUCCUAGCACAAGCACUAGUUCCAGUUUUAGGACCAGUCCUAGCACCAGCACCAGCACCAGUUUUAGGACAGUUUCAAGCACUAGCACCAGUUUUAGGACCAGUCCUAGCACCAGCACUAGCAUCAAUUUUAGGACCAGUCCUAGCACCAGCACUAGCUCCAGUUUUAGGACCAGUCCUAGCACAACCAUUAGUGCCAGACAAAGCACCAGUAGGAGCAGUGGAACUAGCAGUCGACUUAGCACCCUCCGUAGCAUCAGUACAAGCACCAGACUUACCACCAAUCCAAACAGCGGAACUAGCAGCGAGCCUAGCAUCAAACCUAACCCGACCAGCAAGCCCUGCAGUAACGAUGAUCCAAAUUUAAAUUUAAAGGGAUCAAUUAGAUGUUUGUUUGCUGCAGCUAUUGAGUUAGCAUUUGGUCUCAUGAAAGUAGGCAUGGAAAUAGCGUCCGAGAAAAUACUUGCUACAUUUUGA